UACUCAUCUAGUUGUUUCGAAGGAACUGAAGUGAGAGGGGUGGACGGAUAGUUAGCUAGCAGCAUUACAGAAGAUUUUAUGUUGCUGCUUCUGAGCCGUCGGGUUUCGCUGUCAUUCGUUAAGCAAGUCAUUCCCCGAGGUCCGAAUUUGUUUUCGAAGCCUGCAUUUCUAAACUCGAGAUCAUUCAAAUUCAAAGUAAAAUUCAGCACCGCUUCUGCAAACGCUACCAUCCAAAAUAUAAUCACUAUGCCUGAGAGAAGGCCUUUCGUACGGUUGCCCACUGACGUCUACCCUGUCAACUAUGGGUUGUGCCUGAAGCCCGACUUAAUCGACUUCACUUUCGAGGGCAAGCUGGAGGCACGGAUUGAGGUGGUACAGGGAACGAAUCAGAUUGUGAUGAACUGCGCAGACAUCGACAUCAUCACAGCGUCUUUCACACCCGAAGGAGGAGACGAAAUUAAUGCUACGGGCUUCAACUAUCAGAACGAGGAUGAGAAAGUCACAUUGUCAUUUCCCACCGCCCUUCAGAAAGGCGCCGGCUCAUUGAAGAUCGACUUUGUCGGAGAGCUGAACGACAAAAUGAAAGGCUUCUACAGGAGUAAAUAUGCAAGUCAGUCAGGAGAGGUCCGCUACGCCGCCGUAACACAGUUUGAGGCCACGGAUGCCCGCAGAGCCUUCCCUUGCUGGGACGAACCCGCCAUUAAAGCCACCUUCGACAUCACCCUGAUCGUUCCCAAGGACCGAGUAGCCUUGUCAAAUAUGAAUGUCAUAGAUCGAAAGCCAUAUCCGGAGGACCAAGAUCUGGUGGAGGUGAAGUUCGCCACCACCCCCAUCAUGUCCACGUACCUGGUGGCCUUUGUCAUCGGCGAGUACGACUUCGUGGAGGGCCAGUCGUCGGACGGCAUCGCGGUGCGCGUCUACACGCCACUCGGGAAGGCGGAGCAGGGCAAAUUUGCACUGGAGGUUGCUACAAAGACCUUACCCUUCUACAAAGACUACUUCAAUGUUCCUUAUCCGUUGCCUAAAAUUGAUCUCAUAGCUAUUGCUGAUUUUGCUGCUGGUGCCAUGGAAAACUGGGGCCUUGUCACUUACAGGGAGACGGCGCUUCUGAUCGACCCCAAGAACUCGUGCUCGUCCUCGCGGCAGUGGGUGGCACUGGUGGUGGGCCACGAGCUGGCACAUCAGUGGUUCGGGAACCUUGUCACCAUGGAAUGGUGGACCCACUUGUGGCUUAACGAGGGCUUCGCCUCGUGGAUCGAGUACCUCUGCGUGGACCACUGCUUCCCCGAGUACGACAUCUGGACGCAGUUUGUGUCUGCCGACUACACGCGGGCCCUGGACCUGGACGCGCUUGACAACAGCCACCCCAUUGAGGUGAACGUGGGGCACCCCUCGGAGGUAGAUGAGAUCUUCGAUGCCAUAUCCUACAGUAAAGGAGCGUCCGUUAUCAGAAUGCUACACAACUACAUAGGAGACGAGGACUUUAGGAAAGGAAUGCACUCGUACCUUUUGAAGUUUCAACACAAAAAUGCAUCUACAGAGGACCUGUGGGACUGCUUAGAGCAGGCCAGCGGGAAGCCCAUCGCUGCAGUCAUGAGCUCCUGGACCAAACAAAUGGGAUUCCCCAUCAUCGUCGUGGACCAGGAACAGCAAGGGGAGGACCGCGUGCUCAAGAUCUCCCAGACCAAGUUCUGCGCCAGUGGACCACACAAUGGUGAGGAGUGUCCCAGCUGGAUGGUGCCCAUCAGCAUCUGCACCAGCGAGGACCCGGGCUGCACCAAGAUGAAGGUGCUGCUGGACCAGGCCGAGACCACCGUCACCGUGCCCAGCGUCGCCCCCGAGCAGUGGGUCAAGAUUAAUCCAGGCACGGUGGGCUUCUACCGUAUCCAGUACAGCUCGCCCAUGCUGGAGAGCCUGCUGCCAGGCAUCCGAGACCUCAGCCUGCUGCCCGUCGACCGGCUGGGCCUGCAGAACGACCUCUUCUCCCUGGCCCGUGCGGGCAUGAUCAGCACGGUGGAGGUGCUGAAGCUGAUGGAGGCGUUUGUGAACGAGCCCAACUACACGGUGUGGAGCGACCUGAGCAGCAACCUGGGCGUGCUCUCCUCGCUGCUCUCGCACACCGACUACCACGAGGACAUCCAGGAGUUCAUACGCGACCUCUUCACGCCCAUCGGCCUCAAGCUGGGCUGGGACAGCAAGCCGGGAGAAGGCCACCUAGACGCCCUGUUGCGGGGGCUGGUUCUGGGCAAGCUGGGCAAAGCGGGCCACAAGCCCACGCUGGAGGAGGCACGCCGUCGGUUCAAGGACCACGUGGAGGGAAAGCAGGUUCUCACUGCGGACCUCAGGAGCCCAGUAUAUCUCACAGUGUUAAAGCAUGGUGAUAGCACAACGCUGGACACUAUGUUCAAGCUCCAUAAACAAGCCGACAUGCAGGAAGAGAAGAAUCGUAUUGAGAGGGUAUUGGGGGCCAUCUCCGCACCUGACCUCAUCCAGAGGGUCUUGACCUUUGCCCUUUCGGAGGAGGUCCGUCCCCAGGACACGGUGUCGGUGAUCGGCGGCGUGGCGGGCAGCAGCAAGCACGGGCGGAAAGCGGCGUGGAAAUUCGUGAAGGACAACUGGGAGGAGCUGCACAACCGGUACCAGGGAGGAUUCCUCAUAUCGCGGCUCAUCAAGCUCACGGUUGAUGGGUUUGCGGUGGACAAAAUGGCGGCGGAGGUGAAGAGUUUCUUCGAGAGCCACCACACGCCGUCGGCGGAGCGCACGGUACAGCAGUGCUGCGAGAACAUCAUGCUCAACGCCAACUGGCUCAAACGCGACGCCGACGACAUCCACCAAUACCUGCUGCAGCGCAAGGCCCCGCCCGUCUGACCUUUGAACCCCAGGCCUUUGACCCCUCCCCCUUGCCUCUAGUCCCUCCCGCCCUCCCUUAUCAGACCCAACCCCAGCAGUUAAAAUGGCCUCCUCCUCUAGGCCGGCCCAUCACCACUAACACUGGAGGCGAAGCGAACUAUAUGGAAUAAUAAAAAAAAAACCAUAAACUGGGCGCCAUUUUUUUGUAAAACAAAACCAAGCAACCAUACACAAGCGACAGACAAGACAAAGAAGACUAAGAAGACGUUAGAAGGAGAUGAAAUUGUCUUGAUAAUGAUUAUUGUGCAACCAUUUUUUUUCCUUUUAGUGUGUUUCAAGAUUCAAACUUCAACCAACCAAACAAACAAAUUUAUUCCAGGUUUUUUUUUCUGACAAGGAAUGUAGUAAGCCCCAUUCUGCCCUUCCGAGAUUGAGAGCAAAAUUUUUGGAUUCUCAAACUGGUUAACAGUGACACACAACACACCCUGUUUGUUUUACACUCACAUUAUAGAUGCUUUGUUUUUGUCAUGUAAGUUCUAUAUUAUUUGCACACGAGUUAAGUACAGAGAAAAAAAAAUGUGAAUUGCUUUCUUUCUUUUGCCUGAUUGUUUCUUCUGCCCAAAUAUUUGAAAAGGCACAGCAUUUCUUGAAGGUUGUUUUUGUAUGUUUGUUCAGUGUUUGUUUUGUUUUCUGCACAGAUGUUUCACACAUUUUUGUCAUCAUCAACAGUCUUUUUUUAAAAGCAUAUCUUCACACUGAGUGAAGGAGAGAUAUCAAACAAAGUUGAAGAGCAAAGUGGGCAGAAUGGGGCCUUGUUGGCGUGGAAACGGAUGGUAUCGUGGACUUUUUUUAAUGGCAAACGGCACUGAUCUUCAUGGCUAAUAACGGUUAGCUGCAACCGAGCAGAGCUAGCAUGGUACUGUAUGUUAUUGUAUGACGCAAAGUGUUGUCAUCCCCACCCCCUGACUUGUUUCACCUGUUUUGAACGAUGUUGACAAGAAAAAGUUCUAGGUUUAUACAUGGUUCCUUGUAUACGUUAACUCCCUAAGAAAGAAAGAAAAAAUAUAUUAUACCACUUCUCCCACUACACGCUAUCCUCCACAACCUGUCUAGGGUCCACGCAAGAACUAUAGAACAGAUGAGAGCAAUGGGAAAGGGGGAAAAAUAAGAAGCAAACGAUGGAAACUACAUAUCUAAGCAUCUAUGUCUGACACAUUAAACAAACCGAAAAGAAGAUUUUUGAGAAAGACAAACCUUUUUAUAAAGUAUAUAUUCCGUGAUUAAUCUUGUGUAAAUUGUAUGGGAGUGGAAAAAAAAAUAGGGAAAAAAUGUUGGGCUUCUAGAAUUAAUUUACAUGAGAAUCUAGUUGAUAUUCAGGCCCGGUUUUAUGAGCUGUUGGAGUGAAGUGGUGAUUUACAUUUGAUUUACAAACUUGUACUUUUUAAGGCCUUAAAAAUUGGUUUAAGGAAAAAAGCAAAGCUUGCAAUAACUCUUGACAAGUGGUUAAUUGUAGCCUAUAUUUCCACCAAGUGUUCUGAGCGCCCUGGGGAUUCCAUUUAGCCUUGUUAAUGAAUGGAUAUAUCUUGUCUAUAGGAUUUAUUAUUUGAUGUGGCUUUGAAACCUUAAAAAUGAUCAUCCAAGUCAAUCGACAAAGUCUUUCCCAGAAACAUUUGUUGUGCUUUUUGUUUAAAAAAAAAGAAAAAAAAAGAAUUGCAGUUGGUGUUCAUUAAAAGAAAAGAAAAAAGAAAGAAAAAAUGUAUUAAAACAAUGUUAAAUUAGUAUUGUUGAUUUUUAUGUGUGAGGUGUGAAAGUGCAUGCCUGAAAUCAAGUUUUUUCUUUUGAUAUAUAAGUUAACAGUUGCUAAUCUGGUUCAAUUGUUUGUUUUUUUAAAAACUAUCAUUCACAAUGAAAAUGCACCGUUGGAGAUUACAGAAGAAUUCAUUGUAGUAAAAAAAUAAAAUAAAAAUGCUGUAUCAAACGUUCAUACAAUACUUAACAAAUAUAAUACAUUUGUAGAUAUGAAAGAGGUAUGAUGUAGAAUAUCGGGAGCUAAAUACUGUUUAUCUGGUCCGAAGAUUGGAGGCUUCAGGGGGUACUGUUGAAUUAGCCCAAAGGGAUAUAACACUGUAAAGUUUAAAAAAAGGAUUAUUUUUUUGCUUUGGUUUAUUUUUUUGUUUGUUUAUUUCUUUCUUCUUUUUUUUUGUUUUCACAUGUAUGCUCUUAUUCAAAAAAACUCUGCUGAUGUUCUAUGCUUUGUGGUAGCGACCCAGAGAGAGUUUGGGGAUCUGUCUGAUGAUCUGAUUUGAAUAUCAAAACUAUUCAAACGUAAUUUUUGUUUGUGUCAUGGAGUCUCUGAUUCAGCAUGGAUGAAACUGGCACUGACUGUUGUCCAAGCGGAUAUCAUAAAAAAAGAUGCUGAUGCAAAAA